CAGAGCUCCGAGGCUGCUCACUCCGAACACGUCUCCAGCUCUCCUCCGGCCUCCAGAAGCCUCAGCAUGUCGUUCACCAGCAGAUCCUACUCCUCCCAGAGGACCAACAGCGUCUACGGCGGCGCCGGCGGGCAUGGGACCCGCAUCUCCUCCCCCACCGCGGUGGCCUGCUUCGGCCCCAGCCCCUCCUACGGGGGCAGGACCUCCUUCUCUAACGGGAGCUUCAACCUCGACGGCGGCCUGGACCUCCACGUGGGCGCCAACGAGAAGGCCACCUUGCAGAACCUCAACGACCGCCUGUCCACCUACCUGGACAAGGUGCGCACCCUGGAGAAGGAGAACGGCCGCCUGGAGCAGCAGAUCAGGGAAUGGACCCUGAGCCGCACCGUGGUGACCCACGACCACAGCGGCUAUCUGGCCACCGUCGCAGACCUCAAGGACAAGAUCCGCUUCGCCUACAGGGUCAACGCCAAGAUCAUCCUGGACAUCGACAACGCCAAACUGGCAGCUGACGACUUCAAGAUGAAGUUCGAGGGGGAGCAGGCCAUGAGGCUGGUGGUGGAGGCCGACACCAUGGGUCUGAAGAGGGUUCUGGACGAGAUGAACAUGAACCGCAUGGACCUGGAGUCCAUGUACGAGUCCCUGACGGAGGAGCUCAUUGUGCUGAAGAGGAACCACCAGGAGGACUUGGAGUCCAUCAGGUGCAGAGUGGGCGGCCAGGUGGAUGUGGAGGUGGAGGCCCCCCCCGCCACAGACCUGAACCAGGCCAUGACGGAGGUCAGGGAGCACUACGAGACCAUGAUCACCAAGAACCGCAAGGAGCUGGAGAGCUGGUACCAGUCCAAGAUCUCUGUGAUCGAGGUGGAGGUGCAGCAGGAGUCGGAGCUGCUGCUGAAGGCCCGCAUGGAGCUGAAGGAGCUGAAGACAACGUGCCAGAGGCUGCAGAUCGACCUGCAGUCCCACCUCAGCAUGAAAUCGUCGCUGGAGGGCUCGCUGGCGGAGACCCAGAGCCGCUACCAGAGCACUCUGUACGGGCUGCAGUGCACCGUGACCAGCCUGGAGGGGCAGCUGUUCCAGCUCCACGCCAACAUCGCCCACCACAAGCAGGAGUACGACAUGCUGCUGGACCUCAAGACCCGCCUGGAGAUGGAGAUCGCAGAGUACCGCCGGCUGCUUGACGGGGAGGACGAGAGUUCCAGGCAAGUGGUCACCAAGACCAUCACGGUGGUGGAGACGGUGGUGGACGGCCGGGUGGUCAGCAGCGAGCGCACCACCGACGUGGACGUGGAGGAACAGUGAUGAUGUAACACCUGAUGUCACACCUCGAAUGAUAAAACCUUUAAUAAAACCUGACAGUCCAAAUCCUA